CUCAGCACCGAGCCACACACCUCCGGCCUCUCGCGAGACCCCACGGCCAAGGCGGCUGCGGGCCUGACCGGAGAGCCAGGGGCCCCUCAGCCCCGGCAGCCUAGUACUACACCUCCCAGCCUCUCUACUCAGCGGCGCCGUAUUGGGCUUCCGCUUCCGGUGGCGUCUCCUUUCGCCCCGCCCCCCGAACGGCUGCUUCAAAGGCCUCGCGAAGCCUGGGUUGUGCGAGGGUGCUGCUGGGAUUGGUAGUUUGCGCUUCUCUCAGUUUGUCAGUUUCUCUUGCUGAAAGGACUACACCUCCCGGCGUCCUCAGAGACUCCCGGUCCUUAGCGCCUGCGCAUUGCCCUUUCUCAACCCACCCUAACCUCACCAGUUUCCACUCCCCCACCCCCCACCCUACUUUGGCUGCCGCGGUCGGGUCCACGGCCUGCGUUGUCGCGGUCCCAGUUGUUCCUUGGAAGCAGCGACUCUCCUCCCCCGUCCCAGUCCCCUUCCGCGUCCGGCGGUUGACGUAAAAAUGAGUAGCUCAGAGGAGGUGUCCUGGAUUUCCUGGUUCUGUGGGCUCCGUGGUAAUGAAUUCUUCUGCGAGGUCGAUGAAGACUACAUCCAGGACAAAUUUAAUCUUACUGGACUCAAUGAGCAGGUGCCUCACUAUCGACAAGCCCUAGACAUGAUCUUGGACCUGGAGCCUGAUGAAGAGCUGGAAGACAACCCCAACCAGAGUGACCUGAUUGAGCAGGCCGCUGAGAUGCUUUAUGGGUUGAUCCACGCCCGCUACAUCCUGACCAACCGAGGCAUCGCCCAAAUGUUGGAAAAGUACCAGCAGGGAGACUUUGGCUACUGUCCUCGUGUGUACUGUGAGAACCAGCCAAUGCUUCCCAUCGGCCUUUCAGAUAUCCCAGGCGAAGCCAUGGUGAAGCUCUACUGCCCCAAGUGCAUGGAUGUGUACACACCCAAGUCAUCAAGGCACCACCACACGGAUGGCGCCUACUUCGGCACUGGCUUCCCUCACAUGCUCUUCAUGGUGCACCCCGAGUACCGGCCCAAGCGACCUGCCAACCAGUUUGUGCCCAGGCUCUACGGUUUCAAGAUCCAUCCUAUGGCUUAUCAGCUGCAGCUCCAAGCCGCCAGCAACUUCAAGAGCCCAGUCAAGACGAUCCGCUGACUCCCCACCCUCCCUCUGUCUUUGACACCACCUUUCUUUUGCCGUCACCCUUUCAGGAACUCUGUGUGGUUUUUAGUUUAAAUUAAAGGAAUCGUUACUGUGGUGGGAAUAUGAAAUAAAGUGGAAGAAAAGGCCAUGA